CGUUGAUAUAUCUCUUUAAUCAUCAGAACGUGUCGUACAAGCGAGUAAGAUACCAGCAGAUAAAUUUUUUACAUACUAGUGGAUAACUUACUGUUAUAUAACAGAAGAUACCUGAAUAACAUACUACUGUAAAACAGCAUUACAUACCAGUGGAUAACUAUUGCAUACCAGCAUAUAACAGUAUAACGUAACAGGAAGAAGGCCAAUAUGGAAAGAAUGACCUUGAUGCUGAUUUUUCUGGCAGUAGGUUUCAUGAAUGUGAAAGGAUGGGAUAACGAUGUCAAAAAUCAACAAUGUCACCAGUGCAAUUGUACUUUGCAGAGUGCAGACUGUAGUAAUAGGAACAUUGAUUCGCUACCUCUUGAUCUCCCAGGAAAUAUAACAAUUCUGAAUCUAUCCAGAAAUCAUAUACAAAAGCUACCCAACUUUCUCUUGGGUAGACAUUAUAAAAAUUUACAGACUUUAGACAUACAAUACAACUCUGAAGUAUUGCAUCUACAUAAAGAUGUAUUUGAAGGACUUGAUAAACUGCAAAACCUUUACAUCGGGAAAAAAGUAGUUGUACAUCCUCUUGUUUUCAAACCUUUAAAGGAGAUACGAAUCAUUGAGGUGAAAGGGGAUGGUAUAUUAACAGGUUUUCCACUUGCAAGAGACGCUUGGCUCAAAGCAUUUGAAGGACUUCAAAACUCAACCAUUGAGAAAAUAACUUAUGAAUACAUAUCAUCAAUACCAUUUGUAUUAAGAAAAAAGUAUUUUUCAUAUCUUAAAAACUGCCAACUGAAGGAGUUGCAUUUGCCUAAAAACCAGAUCACUGCAAUAGAAAUAGGCCUUGUAAAUUAUCUCCCAAAACUGGAAGUAAUAGAUUUAUCAAGAAAUAUGAUAGCAGCACUCAUUCCUUUUUCCAAACAGCAUUUUGCUCUCCAGUUACUGACUAUGGUUAAUUUGAGGGUGCUCAAAUUUGAUGAUUCAGAGAGAAGGAUUCCUAUAGACCUGAACCACCCUCGCAUCAAUAAUUGUGAAGAUACAGAAUGGCCAUUACCAAUGAGACUUGAGGAAAUCAAUUUUAGGUGGAAUUCUCUCGAUGCUCAACCAGCUUCUCUUCCCUGUGAAUUUAAGUUACAAAGAAACAAGCUAAAGGUUUUUAAUGCUGCGUAUACCAAUGUUGUGAUCUACUUUGGGGGUCCUUUGAAAGGAUUAGUUAAUCUACAGCAGUUUAUUUAUAACAACAAUGAUUGUGAAAUCGAACCUGAAUUUUUCACAUGUGCAAGUGGCUAUUUUGAAAGUUUACAAGUUCUAAAUUUAGCCUACAACAGAGUCCAGUUGUCUAAACCAAGCUCCAAUUUUUCCCUGUUUGAGAACUGCUCUAAGUUGCUACAUUUAGACAUAUCAUACAAUGACUUGGCAGACAUUCCUUCUGAUAUGCUAAGGGAUACACCUUUAAUCGAGACUUUGAACCUCGGUGGAAACAAUAUUAUCAACUUUAAUUUAGACUUAAAUACACUAAUCUCUCUAGAGUUGCUGAAUUUAUCAAAGAACAAUCUAAAAAGCCUUGAUGAGUCUGCCAGAAAUAACAUUGCCGCUGCAUAUGAAAGAUCCAAUGGCAGGCUUAUUGUUGACCUUAAUGGCAACCCACUGAUGUGCAACUGCGACGCAUUCCGUUUCAUAAAUUGGAUGAAGGAUCACGUUGACAUCAUCUACCGAGGGUCUGAUCUAACAUGUCAGUACGUUAAUGGAUCACAGAUUCAGUUCACACACUUGGAUGCAUCUAACAUGAAGUUUGAGUGUUGGAAAGGUGCUAUUAUGGCAUCAGGAAUAUCAGUGGUAUUUGUCCUAUUGAUUGUUGGGUUUGUUAUAUAUGGAUAUAAGCGAAGAUAUAAGAUUAUAUACAUAGCCUUACAUCUGAGGGCGUUACUGAAACGCAAGGAGUUGCUAGACGUGGACUUUGAUUUUGAUGGCUUUAUAAGCUACAGUUCUUUGGACAAAACCUGGGCUAUUGAUAACAUAUAUGGUCAAUUAGCUGGUCAGUAUGGAUAUAACAUUUGCGUAGAUGACCGCAACUUCAGACCUGGCACAUAUAUAUCUGACGUUAUUGUUGAAAGUAUUAGCAAGAGCAACAAAAUCAUACUGAUUAUAAGUCAGAAUUUCUUAAGAAGUGGUUGGUGUAAAUUUGAAAUGAAUCUGGCAAGGGGUGAGCUUGCCACAAGGCGGCGGGACUGCUUAAUCUUGAUUCUCAAAGAGCCAAAAGAGUUACUACCCCGAGAGCUAAUCAACCCCACACUACGCUCCCUACUUGAUACAAGAGUGUACCUAGAGUGGAGUGAAGAAGAGGACAGAAAAUUGCUGUUCUGGCAGAAAAUGAGGGAUGGUCUAGGAGAACCUAGAUUCAGGGGAGAAGAAGAUACCCCCUUUCUGUAUCAGAAUAAUGAUGGAGAUGAAGAGAUGCUUCACAAUCUCAUAUAACUAACACUGUUAAAUUUGCUUUGUAUAGAGAUGAUGAGAUAUUCAGACUUUAUAAUUACAUGAAUAUGAAUAUGAUUCAUACAACCAAGGACGUCUAUCUCUAUCUCGAGAUAGACGUCCUUGAUUCAACUAACCUUAAGACUUGAUGUAUACAGAGCUUCAAAAACGCAUACUAGUAUAAUUAAUACUUGGACAUGUGUAGAAAAAUGAGGAUAUGCUUCAGACUAUAUUCUAAUUAACAUUUGGGCUUCACAUGUACAGAAAAGAAGUCUCUCAUUACCAACAAAACAAGGAAGUAAAUUUAGGGUACAAACUUAUUAGUCCCCUUAAAUGAAUUCUCUAAAAGCGUUUUCCUAACUAUCAAAACAAGGUAAAAUUCAAUCUGUUUAUUAUAUGUGCAAAUAGUGAUAGAUCUGUUAUAGGAUUUAAGACCUGGACUUGAUGCAUUGUCUGCCGAAUUAUUCCACAAAAUCUAUACUGAUUUUACACUAGUUCCAGAUUUUUGUAUCAUUUCUACAUUGUACAUCUUAAAAUUAAUUGUAAAUACCAUUUUUAUUUUAACAAAAUAUAAAUGCUUUCUUUUACAUGUAGUCUAAAUGUAAUUAAAAAUUUAAUUCCGUUACAAAACAACAUAGUGUAUAUUAUAUAUGAAUUAUGAAAUGAAUUAAAUUGAAUUGAC